GGGUGAAAGAUUAUCAUCUAGAAACUCUCGUUGCACUCUUACGCUCUUAAAUAUUCUCAACUCUUCUGAGUACAACAGACAGCAUACAAACUUUUAUCCCAUUGAACAAACACAGUUAUCAAAAGAAAAAUGUUCCGAAAACGAUGUCAAGCCGGUUUUUAUCAAAAAAUAUCAUCGAAGGGUGUGAAAAAUCUUCGAAGGUCACUCUUAAUUUUUCUUAACGACAAAUAAUGCAAGCUUUGAUUCACUGAAGAUUGAUUUAACAAAGUCUUUCCUAAACACCUCAAAAAUAUUAGUAUGCUAGUUUAUACACUGAUAGAAGCUAAAAUUUUUAAUUUUUGAAGCAAAAAUAAUAGUUCACACCAGCACCGAGAAGAAAUAACAAUGAUAUAAAAGGUCUGCUCCAGUCAUUGUCUAGUCUAGAACAGAUUCUGUUAUAGUGUGUAUAAGAAUAAGUUGGUUCGACAGAUAUUUAUAUAUAUUUACACGUUUCAUAUACAAAUAAAGAUACUUAAAACAAUUAAAACCAGGGUAAAGUGGUGUAAUCUGUCCCGAAUUUUACGAUGUAAAAUGUGGCUAGCUAAAAAUAAACAUAAAUACCCAUUUAAUAUCUGAGACAAUUCGAACUGAUUGAUGAAAAAGCAUGGGUUUUUUCAGUUUCUAGACAAAAAUAUGAUAGUCCAACUACAUUUCGAAUAAAGUAACAAUGAAGACUGAACUAUUGGCUGAUAGAAAAUGUGUAGUCGAUUGUCUAGAGCAAACUUUUGUCACCAAAAUAACACGUCACACAAGGUUGUGUAACCCUGCAUUAGAAAGUUACAAGCAUUUCCCAUGAGAAACUUUUCUGGCUUUCAGCUUUCCUCACGCUCAGUUACUUUAGGCGCUACAGAGCUCAGAAUAACUUUCUUGUAGAGAAGUUUUGUCGCUUUGAAGGUACUAAACCGAAGCUUUUUCAGUUUUCUUUCAGAAGGUAAGAAAAGCUAAGAGUGUUUUCACGAAAAUGUGUCACGUUCAUCAGUAACACAAAAUUCAAAAACUUAGCAGUGUACAACCAAACGAUAACGUUUUUCCACGCAAUGAAACCAUCCUGAGUCCUGCAUGACCUAAACUGCCUAAGAUUUUGAACAACCUUAACUGCUCUACUUUGACCAUGGUUGUUAGCGUAUCUUUCGAAUAGGUUGACAGAUCAUUUUGAAAUUUCUUACUCUGAGCUGCUACUGAUAUGGCUGAUGCUCUCUGUAAGGAUUUGGACUUGAAUAGAGGUUAUACAGGUUUCUCACAAGGGCGGCCCUUGAGAAAACUUUUACCUCUCACACAUCAUGAUCCAAGUGAACUGUCGGUUCAAAAGUAUAAGUUUAAAACAUAAAUAAGAUAAUUUAUCUUCUUGUACUUAAAAGAUGAUUUGUUUAUCAAAAGUGAAGUAUGUUUUUUCUACUGAAGAAGCGGAUAUAGAAAAGAAAGCAAAGAUAUCUAGACCGCUAUCUUAUGGACACGUUCAAUACUUCAGAUUUUUUUCGACAAGAAAAAAUACUGAAAAGAGAAAACGAACCCUAAGAUUGUUUCUAGCAGCGUAUCAUUUUUAGAACAUUCCGACGUCCUAUAAAAACGUGAAAUACAUUUAAAAUAUUAAUUCAGAGAUUUUGUUAAAAUGCAUGCGCUUCGAUGCUCAUUAUGUUCUAAUACCGAUUCACAGAUCAAUAAUUACUUAUGUGACGAAUGCAAUGAUCUGGAUCGGUAUGAGUUUUUCCAGCAUUUCCUAAUAAAACUACAGUACAAUAAGAAUUUUCACACUAUUCAGCGAAUUUGUCAAACGAUUUAUCCAGCAUUAGUCAAAUUUCCCUUUAACUUUAAACCAAUACAAUAUUUUGACCCGCAAGUACAUAAGCUAGAUAUUAUUUCCCAACAAUACGUUGCACUGUGUGAAGAUACUGAAGGCGAGACAAAGUACUUCUCAAAUAAUGAACAACAAUUAAUUGCCUUAGAUGUAAAAGGUGACGGUAAUUGCUUGUAUCAUUGUAUAACAUUACUUGGUGAAAUGGCGGACCAUUAUACUGUCGAACUUCGAGUACGAAAUAUUAUAGAAUUAGCAAUGAAUGCCGAUGCGUAUCUACAAUUUUAUAAACUAUAUGAUACAAAUCUAAAAGCCUAUAUCGUAAGAUCAAUGUUAUACGAUAGACGAUGGGCCGAACCAUGGGAUUUGUUCGGUUUAAGUACAGUUUUGAACUGCAAUAUUCGUUCAGUUUUUCCCAAUCUCAAUACAUUCACUAACAUCCAUCCAAGUGCUCCACUUCCACCACAAAAGGUCAUGAAUAAAACAUUCAAACCACGUCAGAAUAUAGCAACCAACACAAUUUUAAUUAUGUGGUCGCGAGGGAUAUCUCCAGAAGACUGGAUUUUAUACUCUACCGAGGACAUAUGGGCUCCGAAUCACUAUGUUCCACUAAUAAAACCUCGUUCCUUGAAUACAACAUCUUUGAUAUCUUAUACAACGAAAAAUAUGUCACGGCAUGAUAAAGAUGGAAAGAAGAAUGCAUGUCUACAAGAGACAGACGAUGAUAUAUCAUUACCUAAAAAGAGUAACCGUUUAGAAAAGUGUGAUGCCUCUGAUAAACGUGGUAUCACAUUUAAUGUAAGAAACUUGAUAAAAGCUGAUCAAGACUUCAGUAAAGAAUAUUUGGUAGAUAAUUUUGUAAAAGAUGUUGAAAAUAUAUUACUUCAAUUGUCACAUAUGCUAUCUUUAUCUUGUAAUCAUGCCACUUUAAUUAUCGUACGUGAUACUUAUUCAACAUCAAAUAUAAGACAGGAAAUUAGCAAACAAUUACAUUUUUUAAAACGCGAUUGUGAAAGAACUUUCGAAAAGAAACAUGUAAAAAAAGAACUGUGUUGGAAACAUACCAUACUAUUAGUAUUAGAUGUAAAAAAAAAUUUAAAUGUUGAUGCAAAAUAUAAUGAUUGGUUAAAUCCCAAUUUUGAGCAUGUAUUUCAAGUUGACAAUGAUAGUGGUAAAGAUGAUCAAGGAAACGUUGAAAAUAGAACUGAUGUAACAGUCGAAGAUCCCUUAUCAUUAAAUUUUGAACAAUAUCCUAAUUACGUGCGUGUUUCGAUGCCUCGUACAUUGAUUUCAUAUAUAUUCGCUGAUAGCAAUAAUAUAAACAAUGCACACUACCAAGAAUUAUUGAGUAUUAUAAUGAAUUAUUUAAUGGAGAAAGACUUGAAGAACGAUACUAAACAAAGAGUAUUAGAGACUUGUUUGAAAUGGACUCUUCGCACAGCAUAUGCAACACGAAUUAAAUCUCUUUUUACAGGAUCAGAAAAUAAUAUGUCGAGCAGAAUCAAUUUUAUGUUUCCACUCCAAUCAGGAACAAAUAUUCAAGAACAGAUAUCAACAAGAUCCCAAACACAAAGACUAAUUCAUUCAACUACGGUAAAUAAUGAUUAA